UAAGGGACGGAGCGCACAGACUAAGCAGUAGGGCGCAUAAUCGGCGAUGCCCAACGCUCGAUACCCGCUACAGGUAUAUAAGGGCUGGAAGCCCUCCAAAGAAGGGGACUUCUCCUCUCUCCUCACUUUACACUUUCUGCUAUCUCUCUACACUUCAUCUCUCUAUCUACUCUCUCAACUCUCUCCAUAAACCGACACUAACUUGACCGUCGGAGCUUAAUCCGGGGGGCAUCCCCGACUCUUUCACAGGUUCUCUCCCUCCCGACGAGAUCAGACGAACGGAUCGUGAGUCAACCCCACACCAACAAAUAUCAUUGUUCGAUCCGGAGCUAGAUGGGUCAAACA